UAUUCUUUGGGACAGUUCCUUUACAUUCUUUGGGACCUUGUAGCAGCGUGUGAGCGUCGUGAGCGUGUUGUGCAUCGAUUAACAGGGUUUUUGCGUGCGACCGUUGGCAGCGGUUUGAACUAACCCUCACUGUUCUGUGGUUGACAGUUGACACCACCAUGUAUAGAUAGUCCUGCUGGUGAACCAACUUCCCUUAUUUUCCAUUGUCGGGCGCAAACCAAAAUGUGGAGCAAGUUGGAGCUUUUAUUUUAUCUGACAGAUGGCACCAGCGUAGACUGGGACUGUCACAAUGUUUACAAGAAAAAAGAUACACGCAUCACGUUGUUAAAAAUACGACAUUUAUGAAGAACAAUUAAUACCUGAAGGAUGCCCGCACUCCACUACCACCGAAUGGUAGUGGAGUUUUUUUUCUGGAAAGCAUUUAUUCUGACUUCAAUGUUUCGAUGUCUUUCGCGCCCGAAAAUGCAUCGAACCGAAGUUUAGAACUAUUCAGAAAAUAUUAUUAUUUCAGCGCGAAAAAAGCAGAAGUUGUUACAAGAUGACUAAUUUGGGUGCUGAGAUAACAUUUUUUAAUUUCGCAUCAUUUUUUUAUAAAAAACAAAGAAAAUUUGUGAAAUUGUGACAGUCCCAGUCUACCGUGCUGCCAUCUAUCAACUUGCUCCAGCGUUAGAAUCAAUUAUAAUAGCGAGUUGGUUUACCUGUCUGUCUCUAUAUCGUGGUUGACACCUUGUAGCAGCGUGUGAGCGUCGUGAGCGUGUUGUGCAUCGAUUAACAGGGUUUUUGCGUGCGACCGUUGGCAGCGGUUUGAACUAACCCUUACUGUUCUGUGGUUGACAGUUGACACCUUGUAGCAGCGUGUGAGCGUCGUGAGCGUGUUGUACAGGGUUUUUGCGUGCGACCGUUGGCAGCGGUUUGAACUAACCCUCACUGUUCUGUGGUUGACAGUUGACACCUUGUAGCAGCGUGUGAGCGUCGUGAGCGUGUUGUGCAUCGAUUAACAGGGGCCUGCUCGUAGCUUUCGCGUAGAAUGUGAUACCACUGAAGUGUGGUUUUGUGAGACAAGUAAAAGUGAGGUUGGUUUCGUCGCCCCUUGUCAAAAUGGGCGACAAAGUAGACGACACUAUCAUAAAGUUGGUGAGGAAUUUGAAGUCGACGGUCGAGGACGAGCCCGAUUUCACCCUGGGCAGCCCCUACAAACUUUCUCUGAGUUCGGUCUCGAACGACAGCCAAUGCAGUUCCGAGGAGUUCCUCAAAGUCAAGCGACCAAAGCGCGAAAGUUUGCUAAAUGUGUCCUACGCGGGGUCUCCUCGCGAGAUCCGACGUUUGCGGACCGAUAUCUUGGAGAGUCGGAACACGAUUUUGAAUUUGGAGAACCGGAUCCAACACAUGCACAGUGUGCGCAAGGAGGUCGAGUUAAUGUACGAGAAUGAGACAAAGUUGUUGAAGAAGCAACACGAACAUGACCGGAAGAGUAUCGAAGAGUUGGAAGCGCAGUUGGUCUCAAUCAGGCAAAGGGAAGCCGAGUUGAAGAAACAACUUGCUGAGGUGACCAGCAACUACAACAUGCUGAAGGUGCAAAAGGACGAAGUGAUUGAAGAACUUGAGAAAAGUCUGUCCGAGAUGAAGGAAGAGUCGCGGCUUUUUGACGGUGAAGAAAACAUUGAAAUUGUGGCGUUGAAUCGGAAGUUGGCCGAGAUGCAAAUGAUGCUGGACGCCGCUGAAGAAGACGCCGACGCUCAGAAAAAAUUAGUGCUUGAAUUAGAGAAACAGUUGGCAGAAAAGAACGCCAUAGACAGGGAAAUCGAGAAGAAGGAACAAGCGCUCCAAAUUGCCAAUUUGCGCAUAAAAGAGUUGGAAUAUGCCAAAGAAAAUUUUUUGGAAUUCCAAGAUCAAGCCAAAAGUCAAGCGAAAAAAUUGGCUAACUACAGUGAUAUGGUCAGGGAAGUUGAAAAACUGAGGGAAGAAAACGUCCGGUUGAAAGACGAAGUUAAGAACAAACUAUUACUGGAAGAGGAAGUUCACGAUUUGAAGUCACGUUUGGUUAAAUAUAAAGAACAGGAGAAGAAAUUGGCGAAUUUAGAAGCUGAAAAAGUUCAAACUGGAAUUUAUUUAGAUGAGUGGCGAGCUGUAGCUCGUGGAAUUUGCGAAACAGUGGGUUCGGACUCGUCUUUGCCUCAUCUUUUACGUUCAGCUGUUGAAAAAUUGCAACAACAGGAGAUUUCGUUAACUUCGACCAAAGUUGAAUUGGAAUCGCAAUUAACCGCUGCAUUAUACGACGCCAAAGUUGCAAAAGCUGAGAUUGAAAAAAGCCACAAACUUAUUUCGGAGCUGAAGAAAACCGGUGAACAAAAACAGGCGCUUUUGCACCGUAUGCAGAAAAAACUGUCGUUGGUCAGUCGGGAGAGGGACAGUUAUCGGCUUCAGCUCGAUUCCUACGAGAAGGAUUUAACAAUGUCGAUAAAUCCGUCAACAAUUGCAAACUCGAAUCAGCUGCAAACUCAGCGGGAGAGAAUCGUAGCGUUGGAGAAAAUCAUCGAAAGUUACAAGGAGUUGAAUGCAAAGUUGGAGUCGGAUUUGCAAAACACUAAUCCUGCGUUGUAUUCCGAUAAUCCGAACAGUAGAGCCGAACAAUUGACGAAAUUGCAGGAAGAAGUGGACCAGUUGCGGAUGGAAAAUGAGAUGUUGAAGCAACGUCGAGACCAACUUGAAAUUCAAUUGGAAAACUACCUUGUAGGCAAUGAUACGCUCCAAGGGGGCCAGGUUUACCACUUGGCGAACAACCCGCUAGCCGAGUGUUUGGCAGAAAGGGAGAAGUUGGUGGAGAAAUUGGAGCAGGAGAUUGAGAAAUUGAAACGGAAGUUGAAAAACAUGUCCGAAGGCAUCGAUGCGAGUAAGUUAAGCGAGUCGAUGUGUCCGCAAGAGGUCCAAGCGUUGAAAGAACAAGUCAAAACGCACGAAGUCCAAACGCAGCGACUCAAAGAAUAUUUCAAAACGUCGUUUCAGGAAUUUCGCAAUGUUAUCUACAUGUUACUUGGUUAUAAAAUCGAUCGGACUCCGACGUCGUUGUAUAAACUAACGAAUAUUUACGCGGAACGGGCCGAGGAUCAGUUGUGCUUCCAGUUGAAUAGUGAAGGUGAUUUAAAUUUGCUUGAAAACGAGUUUAGCGCAAGUCUUGAGCAAAUGGUCAACUUGCAUUUAAGACACCAAAAGUCGAUUCCCGUUUUUCUGAGUGCCCUCACUAUAGAUUUGUUCAACAAUAGCACGAUGGCAACAAAGACUUAUGAGAUUGAGUAAUUUAAUACCAUUUUUUAAUUAGUUCGCUUAGCAAAUAUACAGUUUAAUAAGAA